AUGCAGCAACGUUGUGCUUCAUCUGCCAAGAACUUGUGCCGCAAAAUCCUGCAGCCCCGAACCGCCAUCCAGGCAACUACUCGACCUCCCUGUGAUAUCUUUAUUAACCAUCGUGGGAUCGAUACAAAGAGAACCAUUGCAGGGUUGCUUCAUGACCAUAUUUUCAGGCUGGGGCUAAGGCCUUUCCUGGAUAGCAGGAACAUGAAGCCUGGGGACAGGCUAUUCGAGAAAAUCAAUCCGGCUAUCCGGAACUGUAAACUUGGUGUCGCAAUCUUUUCGCCCAAUUAUUGCGACUCCUACUUUUGCCUUCAUGAGCUUGCUCUCCUAAAGGAGAGCAAGAAAAGAGUUAUACCGAUAUUUUGUGAUGUGAAACCGUCUCAGCUUCAAGUUAAAGAUUACGGAACACGUUCAGCCAAGCAGCUGCAAAGGUUCAGCUUGGCUCUUGAGGAGGCAAAGUACACCGUCGGACUUACAUUUGAGACUUCAACAGGGGACUGGUCAGAAUUCUUGAAUACGGCAACCGACGCUGUCAUUAAGAACUUGGUGGAGGUGGAAGCCGAGAAUUCCAGCAAGAAAAGUACAUUUAUUGUUCAGGAUCGUGAACAAGAAUGAAGAUUC